AUGGACGAGCUUGCCGUUGCUAUGACUAUAUUUUCUUAUGUUACCAAAUACGUUGCCCGUCGACACCCUAACCGACGUGUACGCGGGCCCAUAAGAUACGUGAUGAGCACUCGGAUACCGGACCAGAUUCGCCAUCUUCAUAGGCUGGUUUCCGUUUCAGACGAAUUAUGUCUUCGCAAUCUUCGGAUGGACCGCAACGCCUUCGGUCGCUUGUGCUACAUGCUUCAGUCCUCAGGUGGUUUGACCCCGACCAAACACCUAAGCGUACCCGAUCAGGUAGCUAUUUUCCUAAGCAUUGUGUCCCAUCACAAAAAGAAUAGUGUGGUGAAGCAUGAUUUUAUCCGUUCCGGCCGCACCAUCCACAAACAUUUUCACCAUGUGCUGAAUUCAGUCAUUAAGUUGUACAAUGUCCUCUUGGCUAGGCCAACUCCCAUUACCGAGGACUGUGUCAACCCCCGGUGGAAAUGGUUCAAGGUAUAUCUGGGGGCCUUGGAUGGGACUUUCAUCGACGUUCGUGUACCUGAACAUGAAAAGGGAAGUUGGGAGGGAAGUGCGGCGGAUAGCCGUGUUCUAAGUGAUGCCGUACACAGACCCGGUGGCCUCAGAGUGUCAUCAGGUCAAUACUACUUGUGUGACAAUGGAUAUGCAAAUGCCAAAGGCUUCUUGACUCCGUAG